AAUGGUAUGACUUUUUUUCUGGAGUCCCCUCUUCUGAUUCUUGAACUCCGGGGCUGGCAGCUUGCAAAGGGGAAGCGGACUCCAGCACUGCACGGGCAGGUUUAGCAAAGGUCUCUAAUGGGUAUUUUCUUUUUCUUAGCCCUGCCCCCGAAUUGUCAGACGGCGGGCGUCUGCCUCUGAAGUUAGCAGUGAUUUCCUUUCGGGCCUGGCCUUAUCUCCGGCUGCACGUUGCCUGUUGGUGACUAAUAACACAAUAACAUUGUCUGGGGCUGGAAUAAAGUCGGAGCUGUUUACCCCCACUGUAAUAGGGGUUCAAUAUAAAAAGCCGGCAGAGAGCUGUCCAAGUCAGACGCGCCUCUGCAUCUGCGCCAGGCGAACGGGUCCUGCGCCUCCUGCAGUCCCAGCUCGCCACCGCCGCCGCGUGCGCCUGCAGACGCUCCGCUCGCUGCCUUCUCUCCUGGCAGGCACUGCCUUUUCUCCCCGUUAAAGGGCACUUGGGCUGAAGGAUCGCUUUGAGAUCUGAGGAACCCCCAGCGCUUUGAGGGACCUGAAGCUGAUUUUCUUCGUUUUCCUUUGGGUUCAGUUUGAACGGGAGGUUUUUGAUCCCUAUUUUUCAGAAUGGAUUAUUUGCCCAUGAUUUUCUCUCUGCUGUUUGUGGCUUGCCAAGGAGCUCCAGAAACAGCAGUCUUAGGCGCUGAGCUCAGCGCGGUGGGUGAGAACGGCGGGGAGAAACCCACUCCCAGUCCACCCUGGCGGCUCCGCCGGUCCAAGCGCUGCUCCUGCUCGUCCCUGAUGGAUAAAGAGUGUGUCUACUUCUGCCACCUGGACAUCAUUUGGGUCAACACUCCCGAGCACGUUGUUCCGUAUGGACUUGGAAGCCCUAGGUCCAAGAGAGCCUUGGAGAAUUUACUUCCCACAAAGGCAACAGACCGUGAGAAUAGAUGCCAAUGUGCUAGCCAAAAAGACAAGAAGUGCUGGAAUUUUUGCCAAGCAGGAAAAGAACUCAGGGCUGAAGACAUUAUGGAGAAAGACUGGAAUAAUCAUAAGAAAGGAAAAAACUGUUCCAAGCUUGGGAAAAAGUGUAUUUAUCAGCAGUUAGUGAGAGGAAGAAAAAUCAGAAGAAGUUCAGAGGAACACCUAAGACAAACCAGGUCGGAGACCAUGAGAAACAGCGUCAAAUCAUCUUUUCAUGAUCCCAGGCUGAAAGGCGAGCCCUCCAGAGAGCGUAAUGCGACCCACAACCGAGCACAUUGGUGACAGACCUUCGGGGCCUGUCUGAAGCCAUAGCCUCCACGGAGAGCCCUGUGGCCGACUCUGCACUCUCCACCCUGGCUGGGAUCAGAGCAGGAGCAUCCUCUGCUUGUUCCUGACUGGCAAAGGACCAGCGUCCUCGUUCAAAACAUUCCAAGAAAGGUUAAGGAGUUCCCCCAACCAUCUUCACUGGCUUCCAUCAGUGGUAACUGCUUUGGUCUCUUCUUUCAUCUGGGGAUGACAAUGGACCUCUCAGCAGAAACACACAGUCACAUUCGAAUUCGGGUGGCAUCCUCCAGAGAGAGAGAGGAAGGAGAUUCCACACAAGGGUGGAGUUUCUGACAAAGGUCCUAAGGGAGUGUUUGUGUCUGACUCAGGCGCCUGGCACAUUUCAGGGAGAAACUCCAAAGUCCACGCAAAGAUUUUCUAAGGAAUGCACAAAUUGAAAACACACUCAAAAGACAAACAUGCAAGUAAAAAAAAAAAAAAGAAAGACUUUUGUUUAAAUUUGUAAAAUGCAAAACUGAAUGAAACUGUUACUACCAUAAAUCAGGAUAUGUUUCAUGAAUAUGAGUCUACCUCACCUAUAUUGCACUCUGGCAGAAGUAUUUCCCACAUUUAAUUAUUGCCUCCCCAAACUCUUCCCACCCCUGCUGCCCCUUCCUCCAUCCCCCAUGCUAAAUCCUAGCCUCGUAGAAGUCUGGUCUAAUGUGUCAGCAGUAGAUAUAAUAUUUUCAUGGUAAUCUACUAGCUCUGAUCCAUAAGAAAAAAAAGAUCAUUAAAUCAGGAGAUUCCCUGUCCUUGAUUUUUGGAGACACAAUGGUAUAGGGUUGUUUAUGAAAUAUAUUGAAAAGUAAGAAGUGUUUGUUAUGCUUUAAAGCAGUAAAAUUAUUUUCCUUUAUAUAACCGGCUAAUGAAAGAGGUUGGAUUGAAUUUUGAUGUACUUAUUUUUUUAUAGAUAUUUAUAUUCAAACAAUUUAUUCCUUAUAUUUACCAUGUUAAAUAUCUGUUUGGGCAGGCCAUAUUGGUCUAUGUAUUUUUAAAAUAUGUAUUUCUAAAUGAAAUUGAGAACAUGCUUUGUUUUGCCUGUCAAGGUAAUGACUUUAGAAAAUAAAUAUUUUUUUCCUUACUGUA